AUGCAUCCAUUCGGAGGUACACCCGUAUGUCCUCGCUGCGAGAAGGUCGUCUACGCUGCAGAGCAGGCUAUGGGCCCAGGCAGAAGGCUCUACCACAAGCCAUGUCUCGCUUGCACAUCUUGCAACAAGCGCCUCGACUCGUACACUCUCCUCGAACAUGACGAGCAGCCAUACUGCAAGAACUGCCAUGUCCGCCUCUUCGGCACCCGCGAUCUCCGCCAGGCCAACUUCCCCUACAAAGCUGACCCGUCACGCCUCACAUCGCCCAGCAGCUCGCCCGCUCCCCUCCCCACAUCCCCCACAUCCCCCAAUGCCCCCCUCCGCAGCCGAACAUACAGCUCCCCCAACUCGCCCCCACAGCCUCCGCAGCGCGCUAUAUCUCCGACGCCGUAUGCAUCGCAGCAACAGCGCCGAGCGUUGUCACCACCUCCGCAGUCGUCCUCUGCACAGCCCAUCCUGAAGGCUACGGUGCGAUAUGGCCGCUCCCCGUCGAUUGUGCAGAACUCACUGCCAAGUGUCGCGGACGAGCAAGCCGGCGGCGAGGGCUCCGGCACGGUGUCUCCCCCACGGAGGACAACCUCACCUGUAUACGGCGUGCGCGGUGCCAUGAGCCCCAAGCGCACAAGCUUCGCGCACCUCAAAGGCGGGACUGGCACGCACAUAAUCACAAAUGGGAAUCGCAACGGCAAUGGGAACGGGACCGACAGCGGUGCCAACAGCACAAACGGCGACACCCACUCCACCCCGGCCGGCGACGCCGAAGCCGAAGCCGAAGCCGAAGCCGAAGUCGACGUGAGCACCAGCCCCGUAACAAGCAGCAUUGACGAGAUCGUGCGCUCGCCCGUGCGCUUCUCUGCAACAACCCUCGGACGUGCCUACUCCUCAGGUGCCGGGGUCGGCGCGGGCUUGGGUGUCGGCGCGACAGAGCCCGUACGCGCGCACGUCACGGGAAAUAUGCCUCUCAGGCAGAACACGAUCGGAACGCGGUACGGAGCCGCGCUCGGAGGCGGCGGCGGCGGCACCCCGGGUCAUAGUCCCAAAUCGUUCUCGAUUGGAGGGACGCCGGUAUGCCCCCGGUGCGGGAAGAACGUGUACUUUGCUGAGCAGAUGAAAAUGGUGGGCAAGACGUGGCACAAGGGCUGCCUGCGCUGUGUGGAGUGCAACACGUUAUUGGACUCCAAGAGGCUGAACGACAGGGACGGUGAUCCAGUGUGUAACCGGUGCUACGCGAAGCUUCAUGGUCCUCAGGCUGGUGGGUACUCUCUUGCCGGUAAGGUUGGAGGCUAGGCGGUAUAUAUUCAACAAAGAGAAAUGGACGGUGAUUUUGGUUGUAGUAUUAGUUGUAUGGCACACGGCGUAAUGUCGGACUAGAGCAGCUGGGACGAUACUUAUCCGGUAUACUAUUGUUGUAGCACUUGCUUGCUUUUCUGUAAUGUUAAUCUCCCCUUGGUCCCGCC